CCCGUACAAAGAUUAUUCGCACUUCUGUGAUCACCUCCGUCUAGGCCAUUCUGUCUGCCCAACCACGGUUUCGUAGAAAGAAACGGGGAACGAUGGUACUGGGGUGGAAAUGACAGUUCAUUAUUUUCUCUGAGGUGACCUCGCUGAACUUCUCAUAGUAUAUCAAAUCAGUCCCAGUUUUCCAAAUCCUUGGGGCUAGCUUGAGAAUCAUGGCUCGUCAGGAAGAGGGGUGGCCUCUGGGGUUGAGACCACUGAAUGCGAGAGUUGGGUUGGUGAGAAAUAGUGAUUUGUCUGGAUCAAUCUCCUUCAGCACUUUGCUCACCGGUUCUCCCACUUGUUCCUCCCUUUCUUCUUCAGAUCUUGAUACCGAGUCCACCGGGUCAUUCUUCCACGAGAAAAGCAUCACGCUUGGCAGCCUGAUUGGAGUUUCUAGCAUUUUAGAGCUUUCACGAAGAUCGACGAGGGGAAGAGCAGCAGAAACCGUGAGAGACAUGAGGAACAACAACGUGUACAAGCCCAAGCUGCCUGCAUGGCUGUUCUCACUUUGCUCAAAACUCAGCACUGAUGCCGUGAACACCAGGAAUAAUAGUACUCCAUCUCUUGGUCACUUUCUCGAAGCAGAGAGGAGAACUGCAGGCAUAUACAGAAGGAAUCUGCAGAGCCCAACCUCCAUUGAUAUUGCACCUUGUGAUUUCUCAUCCAGUACCCUCCCCAUUUCCGAUGCAAACUCGCUGUUUGUUGGUGGCCAAGUUGCUCCUCAAUCGAGUACUUUUCCAAUAUUGGAUGAUCAUGAGAAAGGUGGUGGAUCAAAACAAUCCAAAAACGAAUUUUUAGAGGCCGGCAAUGGGUAUGGGAUUCCAUUACUAUUCUCCUGCUUGCGUGGAUACCUCAUAAAAUGAUGACUUCAAUCUAUCAAUGAACAUUAUAUUUAAUUUCAUGUUGUAUGUUUGUCUUGGGUCUGGCUAAUUGAUUCCUUAAUCGUCAAUGAGUCAGAUUCAGAUGGGGGCCUUUUUGUUUUUGGAGUACGAAAUUCUAAGGUCCAGCAUGUUGAAAAAGGAGGGUUUUUUUUUGGCAUAUUCAUAUGUCGAUCAGGUGCGAGUGUUGAGGCAAGCGGCUACUUUGACAAACAAUUCUGCAUAUUAUAGCAUUAAAAGUAGUAUAUAAUAUUGUUGA